AUGGCGGCGCCGGCAGCCAGGAGCCUGUCACGGCGUCGGCCUGCAUGGCCUGCUGGGAGUAGUAGUCCUCGCCCCGCUACCGGCCACGCCGCCGCAGGGGCCCUGAACUACAAUCCCAGUGGGCGUCGAGACGUAGGCACGCUCGCCCGUCGCAUGCCGGGAAGGGGCGGUGGCAACACGGCAGCGGCAACACGGCAGCGUCAAGACCGCGGGUUCGAGACCCGGGAGGAACUGGCCGCCGGGCGGCGCACCUUCAGCACAGAAUGGGUUGGGAAGACCUCCAGGGGCGGCAGCAGCGCCUCGCGCCGCUCUCACUGCCGCUCCCAUCCGGCCCAGGCCGCUUUGAAGGCGCCGCCCCGGGCGCUCCGCGACGUCACUGGCCCUUUCGCGGCCUCCGCUCCGCUUCCCCGCUCCCUCCUCGGCCCUCUGGCUCCGCCGACCUCCCCCUGUCCUCUUUUCCCCCGCAGGUACGGAGAUCUCCACGACUUCGAGCUCCAGGCCCCCACCCGCGUCAUCGAGUGGGCCCCGGGCAGCCGGCUCUGUGUGGCUGGGUAUGGCCAGGCUGGUGGCAAUGAGAUCCUGCAGCUGGUGCCACCUCCGAGCCUGCAGCUGAAGGGCACCCAGGGCCUGCUCUCAGAGAGGGAUUUCAAGGUGCAGUGUGGGGGCUUCUCUCAGCGUCCUGUGCACAACCUGAAGCACCUCCCAGGCACCAGCUUGCUGGUCACCAGUGGCCCUCCAGACAGCUCCCUGCAGCUCUGGCAGGUCCCAGCAGAGGACUCUGAUCUGCUGAGGUGUGUGAGCUCCAUAGCUGCAGAGCAGGCAGCUGGGCAGCCCUGGGCCAGGCUCUCCACCCAUGCCAGCAGGGCUGCCUGGGUGCUGCACGGCUCCAGGCUCAGCAGCGUCCACAUCACCGAUGUGGAGGCACAGAAAAGUGUCUACAGGGCAGGCUGCAGCAGCAGCGAGAGCCUCUCGGGCCUGGCCUUCCUGGACGCCAGCAGCUUGCUGCUGUGCGGCUUGGGGGGGCAGCUCUGCCUGGCAGACUGCAGGCAGCAGCCCCCCGGCCCCCUGCAGCCCCUGGGGGGGCCCUGGCUGCCCCCGGGCCACCCCCUCUGCAGCCUGGGGGUGAGGAGCGGGGCGGGGGGCAGCUGCCCGCUGCUGGCUCUGCUCUCGGGCAGAGGCCACCUGGCCCUGGCAGACCUCAGGAAGGCCUCCGAGCCCUUGGCCUCGGCCCGCUGCAGGGUGCCCCGGGCCAGCCCAGACCCACAGCUGCUCUGUGUCUCCUGGGCUCCUGCCCUGGAAGGCUGCUUGGCUGUCUCAGGCUUCGAUGGAACUGUGCAGCUCUACAGCACCCAGGCCUGGGGCAGCUCUGCUGGGGAGGUGGAACCCUUCUUCACCCACCAGGGCCACAUCUUUGGGGGGGCCAGCAGCCCUGGGGACCCUCCCCUGGUGACCACCCACUGCUGGCACCCAGACCAGCCCAGGACCCUGCUGUCUGCUGCCACCAAUGGCUCCCUGCAGGCCUGGGACUGGCUGCAGCCUGCUGACAGCUCUGGGUAGGUCCUGUCC